AUUGGUGCAAGCGGAAUACAACAGUCGUCGGUAUUGCUAGAGUUCACGAGGACUUAUAUAGCCAAUCAAUCGUUUACCACAAUCGUCAUAGAUUGGAUCAUCCGCAAGUAAUUACCUACACUGGUGAUCUGACCAACAGAAUCAUGUCAACAACUUCUACGACGAAUGCUAGUGGCAUAUCCAAGAAGAGCAACAAUGGAGCACUUGCUGCAACAUCAGGGGCCGGGAAAAGAAAUCAUUUAGAGCAAUUAAUCAGAGAGCUACAGAAUAAAUUGGGGCCAAACUGGGAUAAGUAUCACGAAAACUUGAGUUUGUUCUUGAUCGGUAAACUUAGUCGUCAAGAAUUGGUCAACAAUAUUGUCCCCAUUUUGAAGAAUGGAUUGAUAAAGUAUCAUAAUCAACUAUUGUUGUUGAAUUUUGCUAAUUCCUUCAAGAAUAUCCCCAUAGAUUUCCAAAAUGAGUUUGCCAGCUUUUGGAACAAAAAGUCAAAAAACAAGUCUGUAAAAUCAUCACAGUAUGAGAAAUUCAAACAGAAUAUCAUGGGAUUACCUAUCAAGGAAAGAAGAAGAAUAAGAGCCAUAACAAGAGAAGCUGGUAAAAAGAAUAAAAUAAAUGCUGGUAUCACUUUAACAAGACACGCGUUGUUACCCAAGAUCCCUUCUAUUCAGGAUAAAGAACAACAACAGUUGCAAGUCAACAACUUGGUCGGAUGGCAACAAGAUGUGUUAAACGGCAUAAAUACUCCAAUUUCGACGGAUACCUAUGAGUUGCCAGACAAUGACGAUCUCUCGAAGAGAAUAAUAAUGGUGAUGAGAGAAGCUGGUCUCACAGGUGGGAUAAAUCCUCAGGUCUUGGAAGUUAUGAUGUUGGGAUUGGAAUCUUACUUAAAGAAUAUUGUUGAAAGCACUAUAGAUGUGGCAAGAUACAGGGCUAACAAGUAUAAUAAUAGUGAUUUCAUAUCAACGGCCAUUCAAACCGUGAACGAAUCUAUCAAUGAUAGAAAAGAUUCCUCAAAAGCCAAUGAGGAUGAGAGGGAUCCUAAAAGGAGAAAAGUUACUUUGAACAUCCAUGAUAUGUUUGACUCCUUGGAGAUGUUCCCAUAUUUAAUUGAACCAACUGGAACCCAGACAAGAUUAAAUAGUGUGAUGCUAAAGAAUGAUGAUGAGUAUGAAGGAAUAGAUUAUGAGUUACCACCCAAGAUUGAAGAAGAGCAACCCAAGUUGAAUGGAACUGCAAAAGAACCACCUUUCAUAGACAAGAAGCUAAAGGACGAUUCCAAGAAUUCAAUCACCGAAAUUGAUAUCUCCAGAGAAAAGCCUUCCGAUAGUGCGAUUGUUUCUCAAAGUUCAAGUACUCCAACAAAACCUAAGGUGCAGAGCCAUAUUGGAAGUAUCGAUGAAUUAAAGUGGGUUUUGCAUGAUUUGUACUCACAAAUGUAAAAUAAUGAUGUAUUGAAGAUAAUAUAACUGUAAUAUACGAACCAUCUAGCGAAGUUUCUCUAACUGUUUUAGAAGUUCAAGAGACCCUUCAAGGGUAUCCAAACUACAAAAGUUGAAGCUCUUGACACUGAAGCAAUAAGAUAAUACUCCAUGGAGAAUAUUUGGCUCGUUGAAUAAAUAUUCAGCUUGCGAUUCUCUUGAAAGAUUAGUAACGUCGAAUACACACACGUUCAUGACGAGUUCAUCAUUUUGCAUGUUGCUGACCCUGAAAUUGUAGAAACUGGAUCCAUGAAAAGAGUUCGACAAUUUACUUAAUAUGGUUGCAAAGUUUGAAGGAUCAUCCAAUAUCAUGAUUUGACUAGAUAUCAGAGAUGGCUCGAAACUGCUGACUGAAAUUGGCUUCAGAGAAUCAAACAUGUCAUAAAUGUGCCCAUUCUCAAAUCCUAUAGCUUUGCAUGAAUAAGAAAAGCUAUUGGAAAUAUUAGAGUUCAAUGCAAUCUUGUAAAUACUUUGUAGUAAUUCUUGCAAUAAGUUUGGGGUUUUGUCACCGGUGAGUACAACAGAAAAGUCUUGAGUCUUAUUAAAGCUUGUGAAGAAGAAGACUUUGAAUUCUUUUAGUAUUUGUGAGGUUUGGUUCAUUGAUAAAAGUUUAUGGAACUUGAACGUAGUUCCAUCAAUCUCGAGAUGGGUGUUCGUAGUCAAAUCAGUUCGCUGAGGAACAUUAAUGUAAACUCUGUUCGAAGAUUCAAAGUCUAGUAUGGAGUUUUCAAGGAGGAGCUUGGUAUUUUCAUGGGCAUCAAGCAUUGCUUUUACAUUGCCAUAAAUACCGUUAGUUUUGUUUAGUUUUCCAGCAUAGUCGGCAUCCAAUUGUACUAAUUU